CGACAGACCUGCUCCACACCUUUCCCAACUCCGCCGCGCUCUCAACUACACUCGGGGCCCCGCUGAUGGCAGCAGGCGCAAUGGCGAAUAGCGACGAGCUCAAGCGCGCCGAGACGGGCCUGCGAAUAGCGCAGCUCAAGUUCAAGCAAGCUCUCAAGCGCGAAGACAGCUCGUGGCAGCUCUCUCCCGUCUCCCUCGAGUCCAGCACAAGCUUCUGCAACCAUAUCGACGCGGUUCUCCAGCGGAACACGACGGACAACGUCCAGACUUGCAAGAAGUGGAUAGCCGAACACAUAGCUUCUUCAAGACCCCGCAUUGCACUGCUGGGUGAAUACUUGGUGGCCGUCUCCAAGUCUAUUGUCGUUGAACAGCCCGCCAAAUCGGCCAAGGCCGCCCGCUGUCGCCUCGCUGUGCUCCUCGUCAUCAGUGAUGUCUUGCACGCGGACAAGUUCCACCGCAACAAUGGCGCAACAUCGGGAGCUAUUGCCGUCCAUCUAAUACCAUACAUUGAGAAGCUCGCAGAGCUUGCGGCACUCGCUGUGCCCGGAAAGAACUCGCUGGCUGGACAUAAGUUGAAAGCCGUCUUCAACUCUUUGGCCGCCACUGCCUGCAUCAGUGCUGGGGACUUCGAGUCUAUUCGCGAGCGAGUAGACGAAGGAGUCGCGGUAGCGCAGGGUGCUACACCCCAGUUGAAGAGGACACAUGCGCUGCCUGACUGGUUUGGUGACCGGAGCGUCCCAUGGCACGAGCUAUCUGCAUCUCAUAUGGUCGAGCCUCUCUUAAAGAAUCCGGAUCGUCCGAUACCCACGAAUGCGAUCAACGCGACUCGAUUCGACCAAAAACAACCUUCAGAACGCACGCGCAAGCUGCUCGACAAUUACUUCGAAAACAUCGACCUGCACUACGUACCGACAGCAGACAAUCCGACCGGCGAGACGAAGAAGUACAAGUUAUGGCUCGAUUCCAUGGGUCAACUAGUAAAGCAGAAUAAGGAGACGGGCGAAGUAGUAACCGUCUGCAACGGCUACGGAUGGUCGACCCAGUUCUGCCAGCAGAUGCAAGCCAAUGGCAUUCCUGACAGGGUCACGGAGCUCAGAGAGGAAUACUCAGAGAAAUCUGCGCGGGAGCUCCGUGAGAGCCGUUGGAGAUCUGAUGUGCAUGGUUACGGACCCGAUUUGCGAUCGCCGCGGCGUCGAUUUUCUUACAGCUCCGAGAAGUCGAAUGGCCGUCCCAGCCGGUUCGAAGAUAGAGGACGGCCUUCGCAAGACAACCAUAAUCGCAAGCGUCCGCAUGACAGGCAAUCGCGUUGGAAUGACAACCAGAGCGGCUUUCCCGACCCUAUGCCUAACAGGUCUGCACCAGCUGCACAGCCUCGCGGCUCCAACGCGCCAAAUGCGUAUCCUAACAUGUCUAUGCCUCAACAGGUGUUUCCUCCUCCUCCGCCGCCGCCGCCACCACAUCAUGCUGCUGGGUUUGUGCCACCACCCCCACCGCCACCGCCUCCUGGACAAUUUCCCGGAUAUCCGAUGCAAGGCUUUCCGCCACCGCCGCCACCGCCUCAGCACUUUCAUGGUGCAGGUGGCCCACCACCGCCUCCACCUCCGCCAAACUUUCAGGGUCCAUUUCAUGGUGCACCUCCGAAUGCCGGAGACUUCCAGAACAACGCGUAUCAGUUUGGACUCAACACUCCACCAUAUCACGCCAAUCGCGGCGGAUAUGCAGGGCAGACGCAGGGGAACCCACGAGGAGGCUUCCAAGGUGGACAAAGAGGUGGAUUCCGCGGCGGAUUUCAGGGUCAAGCGCGUGGUCAG